CGUGUAAUUACCUAUAUAAAGAUACAAGCUAUUCCAAAAGCUUUAAAAAAAAUAAUAAUAAUAACAAUACAAGCUGUAUGAUGACGCAUGACGUCACGCACUAGCAGCCACUCGCAGCGUUUCCCGCCGCAGCUCUCUUUGAAGCGCGGCGCGCGGGAGUGUGUUUGGCGCGCUCGAGCUUUAUUCAUUCCAUCCUCGGUUUUCGCGCGGUUGUCUUGAGCUGCCCGUCAGUGAACAUGCCGUGCUCUGAAGUUACAGAAGCGGUUUCCCCGCACAAAAGAGCCAAGAGCGAUGCGGUGAACGGAGCGGAGGAGCUAGCGGUGUUAAAGUUCGCCAAGCUCACGGAACACGCCACGACACCGAGCCGAGGGUCCAACCGGGCCGCGGGAUACGACCUAUACAGUGCUUAUGACUACAGCAUCGGGCCGAUGGACAAAACACUGGUCAAGACUGACAUCCAGAUCGCCGUUCCACACGGAUACUACGGUAGAGUCGCACCACGAUCGGGUCUCGCUGUCAAGCACUUCAUUGAUGUUGGUGCCGGUGUGGUUGAUGAAGACUACAGAGGGAAUCUGGGAGUCGUGAUCUUCAACUUCAACAAGGAGCCGUUCGAAGUGAAGAAAGGAGACCGCAUCGCUCAGCUCAUCUGUGAGAAGAUCUGUUACCCGGACCUGCAGGAGUUACAGACGCUGGAUGAGACGGAGCGAGGAGCGGGCGGAUUCGGCUCCACCGGCACCAACUGAAGCUGUCAAUUUACUGUGCAAUCCUCAUAGAGUUUGUUUAGUGACUGAAUGACUUGAGGAGUAAAGUGAGCAGGUCUUUACGCUCUGAUAACUGAAGAUGUGUUUAACUGUUGCUGUUUGUGUUGCUGCAUUCAUUUGACAAUAAAGAUUUUUUUUAGCAAAAGUA